UAGGCGCCAGCGUUGCUGUGUGAGCCGCCUUGUCGCGCUCCCUACCGAACGAUGGCGGACGAUGAUGAGACACCAACAAAAGAGGCUGAAGAAGACGACAUGUGCGGCAGCGACUGUGAGAACGAUGAGGAUGACGCCCAUAGCCAAGAUAAGAUCCCAGGGGAUGAGACGGGAACAAAGAAGAAAAAAAGGAAACCAAAACGGAAGAAGGAGAAAGAAAGUGGGAGGCCAGACUCGGUUGAUCAAUCAAGGUCUAACUCGCUGCCUGCCGAUAAGCUCCAGGAGAUCCAGAAAGCCAUUGAACUGUUUAAUGUUGGUCAAGGUCCAGCAAAGAGUAUGGAAGAGGCAACCAAACGCAGUUAUCAGUUCUGGGAUACCCAGCCGGUGCCAAAGCUUGGUGAAGUAGUGACAGUACAUGGCCCUAUUGAAGCAGACAAGACAAAUAUUCGACAAGAGCCCUACAGUUUGCCGCAAGGAUUUCUCUGGGAUGCCCUGGAUCUUGGGGAUGCUGAAGUGUUGAAGGAGCUGUAUACGCUGCUGAAUGAGAACUAUGUGGAGGAUGAUGACAACAUGUUUAGGUUUGAUUACUCACCUGAAUUCUUAUUGUGGGCUCUGCGUCCGCCUGGCUGGUUGCUCCAGUGGCAUUGUGGUGUACGGGUCGGCUCCAACAAGAAAUUAGUGGGUUUCAUCAGUGCCAUUCCAGCUAAUAUUCAGAUUUACGACCACCAAAAGAAGAUGGUGGAAAUUAACUUUCUGUGCGUGCACAAAAAACUGCGAGCGAAGCGGGUGGCUCCAGUCUUGAUCCGUGAGAUCACCAGGCGAGUCAACCUUGAAGGCAGUUUCCAGGCUGUGUACACUGCAGGCGUGGUGUUGCCUAAACCCGUAGGCACUUGCAGGUACUGGCACAGGUCACUAAACCCACGCAAACUUGUUGAGGUGAAAUUCUCUCAUCUGAGCAGAAACAUGACUAUGCAACGAACAAUGAAACUAUAUAAAUUACCAGAGACACCAAAAACACACGGUCUGAGGCCGAUGGAACAUAAGGAUUUAAAGGGUGCGUGCAGCCUGAUGAGAGAAUACUUGAAGCAGUUCCACCUGACUCCAAUAAUGAAUGAAGAGGAGAUCGCUCACUGGUUCUUGCCUCAGGAAAAUAUUAUAGAGACUUAUGUGGUGGAGAACCCUGAAGGAGAAUUGACAGAUAUGAUCAGUUUUUACACUCUCCCUUCCACCAUCAUGCACCAUCCUGUUCAUAAGAGCCUGAAAGCUGCUUACUCUUUUUAUAAUGUCCAUACCAAGACUCCCCUUGUUGACCUCAUGAAUGAUAGCCUCAUCCUUGCUAAGUCGAAAGGUUUUGAUGUUUUCAAUGCACUGGAUCUAAUGGAAAACAAGACCUUCUUAGAAAAGCUGAAAUUUGGGAUUGGUGAUGGCAACUUGCAGUAUUAUCUGUACAAUUGGAAGUGCCCCAGCAUGGCUCCUGAGAAGAUUGGACUCGUGCUGCAGUAAAGUUGCUAUAAAUGGAGCUGGGAAAAGCUACCAAUCAGCCAUAUCAGAAAUGUAUUCUGGCCUGACACUGCUGAACCUGGAAGCUAGUGAGAAAUGGUGAAGGAAUGAAGCCCAUGGCACUUGAAGAGUUUACAGAUUAUAGCAUCCCACAUACUCAUUGCCCUGCCCAACUCUGUCAAAAUCAAGAUAUAUGCAUUAAACAUGAUUUUAAUAAAUGGAUUAGAACCAGUCAAAUUGGAAAAGGCAAUGUCAAGAGUGUCCAAAGAUUGAAGCGGUGUCUUAUAUCUCUGAGCUUUGACCAAGAUUUAUCUCACCCAAAAAGCCACAUCAACAAAAACAGGUUUCUUAUUAAACUGUUUAAGAAUCUAA